UUUCGGUUUCCUGAGCGUGUUCCGGGUUUCGCUGGAUGAGAGACCAGUGUUUGUCUACAGUCUCAGAGAAGAACGAAUGGACAGACACACUGACGGCGCUAGCUUUCUUUGAAAAGUUAGAAAAGUUAGUUUGUCUUUUUAACACGGAGAGGGACUUGUUAAAAUGGCAAGAGACUGCGUUGCAAGGAGCCUGGACAACAUUGACCUCUCUGCUUUACGGGACCCUGCUGGGAUAUUUGAACUUGUUGAGGUGGUCGGCAAUGGAACAUAUGGUCAAGUUUAUAAGGGCCGACAUGUCAAAACGGGACAGCUGGCUGCUAUCAAGGUCAUGGAUGUGACAGAGGAGGAGGAAGAUGAGAUCAAACUGGAGAUAAACAUGCUCAAGACCUAUUCUCAUCAUAGGAACAUAGCCACAUACUACGGCGCUUUUGUGAAGAAAAGUCCUGCAGGUCAGGACGACCAGCUAUGGCUUGUGAUGGAGUAUUGUGGAGCAGGCUCAGUUACAGAUCUGGUAAAGAAGACCAAAGGGAACUGUCUAAAAGAAGACUGGAUUGCCUACAUCUGUAGAGAGGUUCUUCGAGGUCUGUCUCAUCUCCACUCACACCAUGUCAUCCAUCGUGACAUCAAAGGGCAGAAUGUGCUGCUGACUGAGAAUGCUGAGGUUAAACUGGUGGACUUCGGUGUGAGUGCUCAGCUAGAUCGGACAAUUGGAAGGAGGAACACGUUCAUUGGGACACCAUACUGGAUGGCUCCUGAAGUAAUUGCUUGUGAUGAGAACCCAGAAUCUACGUAUGACUACAGAAGUGAUCUGUGGUCUCUGGGUAUCACAGCUCUAGAAAUGGCAGAGGGUGCACCACCCUUGUGUGAUAUGCAUCCAAUGAGAGCCCUCUUUCUCAUUCCUCGCAACCCACCCCCAAAACUUAAAUCCAGAAAAUGGUCUAAGAAGUUUCUGACCUUUGUGGAGAGCUGUCUGGUUAAGAACUACAUGCACAGGCCGUGCACCGAUACUCUUCUACGCCAUCCCUUUAUCAAAGACUUGAAUGAAAGACAAGUCCGCAUCAUGCUUAGAGAUCAUCUGGACAGAACUAGGAAGAAGAAAGGAGAAAAAGAGGGAACAGAAUAUGAAUACAGUGGAAGUGACAAUGACGAGGAUGAAGUGAAUGAAGAUGAGGGAGAACCCAGUUCUAUAGUCAACCUUCCUGGAGAAUCCACAUUAAGGCGAGAGUUCCUCAGGCUACAGCAGGAGAAUAAAAGCCGCUCUGAAGCUCAGAGACAGGCUCAGCUCCUCCAGCAUCAGCUUCAGGAUCAGGAGCGUUAUAAGAAGCAGCUACUUGCUGAUAGACAGAGGAGGAUUGAGCAUCAACAGGAGCAGAGAAAAUUCCUCGAAGAUCAGCAAAAAAGGCAGUUACAGGCAUUUCAGUGGUCAGAGCUCCAGGAGCUGUUAUGGCGAGAAGAGGCUGAUCUUGAUGAAAGAAGCUUACAAGAGGAGAACGCUAAAUGGAAUGUCACGAAACAGCCUGAAGAUUCUGGACGACAAAAGGCUGAUGUGAGAUCCAGGCCUUUAGGUCCAUUUGCUGACCAGGGGAAGGCCGAACAGCCAGCCCAGCAGCAGCUGGCUAGAAAGAUCCACCGCACGCUUCCCAAAGAUCAGACACAGCUGCUUUCGCUUCAGCACGACCACAGGCACAAGCAAAGGGAGGCCCAGAAGCCUGCUAGUGCCACUCCUAACUAUCCUGCCAGCAGCCAGUGCAAAGCGAUGGAGGACAAAAUGAAAGCUUUGAAGAGCCAUCAUGCUAAUCUGAACAAAACAGAUGCAGUGUUUUCCAUGCACAUCCAGCCAAGACUGAGCUCAGGAAGCAACUCCAGUCCCUGUACACCAGCCCUCCAGAGAGCUGCCAUUCAGAACGCCAACUUGUGCUCAAGUCGAGAAAGUCAACACAGUAACUCUAUGUCUGAUAUGGCCAGUCCUGGUCUGUCACCCACAGUCGAUGAUGUAUUUUUCCCAUGUCCUGAGGAGCAUCCUCCUAAGGUUCCAGAGCGUACAACUUCAAAAUUUUACUGCAGAGGGCUCAUGAGCCACCACAGAACUACAUCACAUGGAGGUCUCAUGUCUGCUGAGGAGAAAAGGGUACCGUUCCCAGCUUCUCAUAGCAGCAUAAGCAGCACUGAGUCAGGUUACCAUCAUUCAGAAAGUUCUUCUCACCACAGUCAUAUUCAGCAAUUCAAGAACUCUCCAGAUAUGUGUUCAGGAACAUCAUUUCAAUAUCAGGACUUCCAUCUGAGCCCUAGACACAAGUCUCACCUCAGUCCAUUUGUAAAAGCCACAGAGUAUUCUUCUUCCAGUGAUGAGGUGGGGAGCAGUGAUGAUGAUGAAAAGAGCAGGUCACCACAGAGUAAUGACAGGAGUAAUUUUUUCCGAAGAGCCCCUGAAGAUAUAGUUCUACAGCCUCACUGCAAUCUUAUCCCACAACGGGUGAGAGCUGAUAACAGUAAUGUUGGAUUAGAGUCGAAUGACAACUACCUUCUCCCAGACAUCUUGCACAAAAGUCUAAGCCAUGAGUCCCCAGGCCUGAACCAGAAUGACCUCAUCUGCCCUCAGUCUCCUUCUCGAUGGAGCCCUCAUUCCGAGAAACCACUUAAUGGCCAGCAAGCAAAGAACAUUUCAUCUUCUUCCUCCUCCUUCACGCCAUUCAUAGAUCCUCGCUUGCUACAGAUCUCUCCACCUCAGAGCCCACAAGGAAAUAGUCAGAACAGUGUAAAGGCUGAACCAAUCAAGAGACAGAACCACAGGAAAGGCUCAGUUGUCAAUGUGAACCCUGCCAACAUCCGUCCCCAGAGUGACACACCAGAGAUACGCAAAUAUAAAAAGAAGUUCAAUGCUGAGGUCCUGUGUGCUGGUCUGUGGGGUGUGAAUCUCUUGGUUGGUACUGAGAAUGGUCUGUGGCUGCUGGACCGCAGUGGUCAGGGUAAAGUCUAUUCACUCAUCAGCCGCAGGCGCUUCCAACAGAUGGAUGUACUGGAAGGCCUCAAUGUGCUCAUAACUAUCUCAGGUAAAAAGAACAAGCUGAGGUUAUACUACCUGUCAUGGUUGAGGAAUAAGAUCUUACAUAAUGACCCUGAAGUGGAGAAGAGACAGGGUUGGACUUCAGUGGGAGACAUGGAGGGGUGUGUGCACUACAAAGUUGUGCGUUACGAAAAGAUUAAAUUCCUGGUUAUUGCCUUGAAGAAUGCUGUAGAAGUCUACGCAUGGGCUCCUAAGCCAUAUCACAAGUUUAUGGCUUUCAAAUCAUUCACCUCUUUGCCUCAGAAGCCACUGUCCGUGGAUCUGACUGUUGAAGAUGGACAGAGGCUAAAGGUCAUCUAUGGAUCAGUAUGUGGGUUUCAUGCAAUCGAUGUCGAUUCUGGAACACCCUACGACCUGUAUCUGCCCACACAUAUCCAAGGCUCAAUCCGUCCUCAUGCCAUAAUCAUCCUGCCCAACAGCAGUGGGAUGGAACUGUUGGUUUGCUACGAGGACGAAGGCAUCUACAUCGACACCUACGGCCGCAUCACCAAGGAGACGGUGUUGCAAUGGGGAGAGAUGCCUGCUUCUGUUGCCUAUCUUCAGUCAAACCAAGUCAUGGGUUGGGGAGAAAAAGCCAUAGAACUCAGAUCAGCUGAAACUGGAAAUUUAGAAGGAGUCUUCAUGCAUAAAAAGGCCCAGAAACUCAAGUUCUUAUGUGAGAGAAAUGACAAGGUCUUUUUUGCUUCUGUGCAGUCAGGAGGCAGCAGUCAGAUCUACUUCAUGACACUGGGACAGAACUCACUCUUCAACUGGUGAUUUCUUAGAUUUGAGAAAGAGCUUUGCUCAGGGUAGAAUGCUUCAGAAGAUUUAAAUGAAGUAUCAAAAUGCAGGAGUCAUUCCCCAAAUUGAAGAUUUCCUACAUUUUUUUAAUAUGCUUGUUCAUUUUGGUAAUCAGUUUUAAUAAUCAGGAAAUUAAAUGAAAAAACUUGUACAUUUAUUACCUACUUCAGUCAACCAAAACAGGAUCCUGGAUAAAUAAUUCUGAUUUUAAAAUCUAUUUAGAACAAAUCUAAAUUAAUGUGCUUCGACCACAACAUCCACCACAGAAGUAGAAUGAAAGGGACUGACGGCUAAUUCACAUAUAGUUGGCAGCUAAAUGGGUUACAAAGAAUGUUACAUUGCCUAGACUUGCUGUCAACAUUUGUGCUUUAUUAUGCUGGAUUGCUAACUCAAACAUUCUUUGGAAAUGUUCAACUGACUUGUGUGUGUCUGUUCUGCAUAUGCUUUUGUUGUCAGUUCCGCUACAUACAAUGCUACUAUGAAAAUGUAUGUCUAGCAAAUUUACCUGCCUCCACGACUCUAAUACAUGAAAUGCAAAUUGGACUGGCCACCUAAUUAAUCUAAAAGCAGUUUACAUUAUUUUAUCCUAGGAUAUCGUUGGGAAUUGUAAGAUGUUAAGCAAACACAUGGUGCACUUUAUGUGAGUAUUCCCUAACAGCAUGCAUACUUAAUGAACACACUACCACAGUGUGUGCAUUUUCAGAAAUUUGGUAUUUAGAAACAACUCAAAUAGACAAGUGAUAUAAUCGUAUCUUAUUUAUGAAUAAUUCUAAAGAUCAUUAGAUGAAAUGUGAAGGAAAAAAUGUAAUCUAACUCCAUGAGUAUAUGUAAUAAUUGUCAUUAUGAAAAUAAAUUUAUUUUCAUCAUUUAGACAGUUAUUAUACAUUUUGAUAUGCAGUGCCUUGCACAUAUAAUUGAACUGUGCAGUUCAUGCUAAAUUGUUUCAAUGCAACCUUUUUAACUGCAGAACCACAAUUGCAUGCAUCUAAUUACCCAAAGAUUAAAAAAUGCAAGCUAAAAAACACCCCCAUGCACAUAUUAAAUUAAUUUGUUUAUUUGACUGUAUGACUCUUAUGAGUUUAUUAAGGGCAUCCUCAGUGGAUAUGCAUGGUUGAUGGGUUGACAGAAAAAAUCAGUUUUUUAAUGUAUUUUAACAGCAAUUUGUACUGAUGUAAUGAUGUUAAGAUAAAGUUGGAAAAAACGCAGAUUUAGUGACUCAGGGAUUGAGACAAGACAAAAGCAGCCUGCUUCCAAAAGUGAAUUAGAGGACCAUGCCAAAGUUAGUGAAUGUAACACUAGGUGUUAUAUAAAAAAAAUAGAAUAACCUUAUGUUAUAUUGAGGUGGUAAGCAAACGUGGUGUGUGGUAAGUGGUACCACAGCCACAGAAAUCUAUGUGACCUUUUCUGAAGGCUUUAAUGGCCACAGAGGCAGCAUUUCAUAAAGAUCUAUAAUAA